AUGAUCAUCAUCUCCUUGUAUGUUGAUGACCUUUUUAUAAUUGACAGCAAUCAGGCAUUAAUUGGAAGUGUGAAAGAAGAAUUGAAAAAGGCAUUUGACAUAACUGAUUUUGGGAAAAUGCAAUAUUUUCUAGGAAAAGAGAUAAAUCAAUCACAAGAAGGAAUUUUGGUAUACCAAAGGAGGUAUGCUAAGGAAGUCUUGAAAAAAAUCAAUAUGGAGAAUUGCAAACCAGUAAGUAUUUCCUUGGUACAAAACUCAAAACUGAUAAAGGAAGAUGGUGGUAAUAAAUCUGAUGAAAAGAUCUAUAGAAGUUUGGUGGGAUGCUUGUUGUAUCUAACAAUCACAAGACUAGAUAUUACAUUUGCUGCAAAUAUUCUGUCCAGAUUCAGACAAGAGCCAAGUAAAUUACACUUUCAAGCUGCAAAAAGAAUUCUUAGAUACAUAAGAGUGAAUGAGGAGCUGGGAAUCUAG